AUGAUUGAUGCACGGAGAAUGUUCGAUCAUAUGCUUGAGAAGAAUAUUUAUUCUUGGCAUUUGAUGAUUAAUGGGUAUGCGGAUAAUGGGUUAGGAGAUGAUGGGUUGCAAAUGUUUGAGGUGAUGAGGGAGAAAGGGUUGCAACCCAAUUCCGAAACUUUUGUUGCAGUAAUCUCAACUUGCGCUAGUGCAGAUGCAGUGGAAGAAGCAUUUAUACAUUUUGAGUCGAUGAAAACUGAGUAUGGAAUUUCUGCUGGGUUGGACCAUUAUAUGGGAGUUCUGGAUGUGCUUGGAAAAUGUGGUCAUCUCAAUGAAGCAAUUGAUUAUAUUGAGAAGCUCCUGUUUGAGCCUACAGUGCUGGUUUGGGAGGCUUUGAAAAGUUAUGCUCGGAUUCAUGGAGAUUUUGACCUUGAAGAUCAUGUGGAGGAGUUAAUGGUUGUUCUUGACCCAUCAAGGGCUGUUGUGAAUAAGAUCCCAACUCCACCGCCCAAAACGCGUGCUGCCAUUAGCAUGCUUGAUGGCAAGAACAGAAUCAGUGAGUUUAAAAAUCCAACACUCUACCAGGAUGAUGAGAAGUUAAAGGCUCUUGCUGCGAUGAAAGGAUGA